GCUCGAUGUCCCCCUCCCUGAGUUGGAUCCCCUCAACGUUGCCCCUCGCCCACGCACUGAAAGAGUCACGACGCCAGAGGCACGCCGCGGCAGCGGUUCGCACUGGAGGUCCUGUGGCUGGGACCUGGGCUGUGCCGGCUGCUGCUGCAGGCUGCUUCGCCGCCGUGAGCUGCGUCGCCGGUGCCACCCUUGGCCUGCUGUCACUCUCCCCGCCCUGGCAAGGAUGGUGCCGCUACGUCAGUGCUGCUGGCGACGAAGGAGGAGGGCGGCGCCCUGUCUGGCCGCUACUGGCAGGACAGACGAGCGCCCCUCCGCCUCGGUCGACCUGGACCUGGCCGGCGGCCUCCUGCCCGCGCCCGCCCGCGCGCUGCUGCCCUUCGGGGGCCCUCCGAGGUUCACCUCGUACGACCCCACGACGUGGGAGGCGCUCUGGCGCGAGAGCGAGGUGAUGGUGGGUCUGCCAUCGGGGGGCGGAUCGCUGGCGCUGGGCGGCCAGGGCUCCUGAGCCUCGCGGCCACCGCCAUCGCCGCCGUCGCCGUCGCCAUGGUUGUCGCGAACGAUAAGGAUACGACGAAGAUGGAGAAGGAUACAUGCAAGGAGCAGCAGUAGACAGGACAAGGCCAGCUGCCAAUUCUCGAGGCCGCUACGGAGGCCGAAUUUUCCGCCGCGCCGCCGCCCGCGCUCGCCUCCGCCCCCCCCCCCCCUCCCCCACCAGGGGGGAGGGCGGGCGAGAACCGCGAGAGCGUACCCAGGGCGGCGCGAAUGGCGAAAGCGCUCGCUGUGCUUUUUGGUGUUUUGUUUUUCGCGGCGCCUGGCAGUCCAUGUCCCGUCCCUGGGCUUGCGGCGGAUUGAAUUUUGUCAGUCUGGGCUUUGUCCCUGGGUUCUGGCCCCUGGGUGCUGUUUUCGGCUCCCGGGACCAUUAAGAAUGUGGGCACAUAUGACCGAGAGUGAACGGG